AUGCCACAGUUAAGGUCAGGGAAGGUGGUAACCCUCAGUGAUGUGAAGUUGGCUGAUGAGAUGCUCACCAGCCCAAGCUCUCUGGGUGCAGGGGUAGGAUGUGAGGCAGGGAUGCAACCUGCCAUGCUCUCCAACAUUCUGUGCGAGCAGUUUGCUUCUCCUGCACCCAUGCAGAAGGAGCAAGGUGAGAGUAGCCAGAGACUCCCAGGUAAAAAAAACAAGCAGAUACAAUGCAGGAGGAUUUCCAGAAUCAACAAGGGUCUAGAGCUGCCGAUUUCAGACACUGCUAUAUGUGAAGAUUUGCAAGUAGCAACUGUGGCUGCAGUCACAUGCUGGGAAAGGAGAAGGACAGAACAAGGUCAGCAGCGAUUUUUCUCAGAAACUACUUUGCAAAAUAAGUUCUUGGCAGUGACUGAAAGGAAAGAAGAGAACACAGAAGAGCUAAACCAGUCAGCAUUCCAGGAGAGUUCAGGGAUUUCGGGAGAAAAAGGCAAGUAUUCCUUUAUGGAAAUAAAAUUAUAAAUCUCAUCCUCAGAGGAGGAAAUCAAGAGCAUAGAGAGACACAGAAUUUCCUGUUUGCCAGAACCAGAGGUGCUGCAACCCAGAAACAGUACAUGUAGUACUGAAAUGAAAAGCACUAACUCCAUAAUGAUACUGAAGAUACAUCCAGAGUGCAGAAUAGGAGCAAUGAGUCUGGGGAAGAUGGACAGAAAUGCAUUGGUGUCACAGUGGCUACAGGGUUCAAGUGGCCAAGAACAACUAAUAACCAGCGGAAAGAUGCCCAAGCGUUGCAUGAAAGAAGAGCAGCAGAGCUCAAACCCUCAGGAAGGAGCAGACAGUCUGGGGGAAAUGAAGGAAGAAUGGAAAGCAAGUGAUCAAGAUUCUGGUACACAGGCUGUGAAGAAGCUUAAGACAAAUCAAAACCCAUCAGAAGAUUCUAAGGAAAAGGAACCUCACCCCUGUAAAUCUCCUGCAGUUGCUGCUUUAGGUGGGACCCAAAGCAAGAACUUUCUGUGCCAUUCUAUAACAAAACAGUCUGGUGUGCAAUAUAAAAAAAGGAAACCCAGAACUGAUCAAGUCAAAUACUUGCAAAGUUCUAGCGUGACUACAGGUGAAGGAGAGAGAAGUGUAUCUGCAAAAUGUGAUGCUGAAUGUUGCAGAAGAGCCCUAAACUAUUGCAAUGGCUUGUUCUGUGCAAGACAAAAGAAUCCAUUUGUGAGAUUAGAGGCCUGUAGUUACAUCAAUACAUUUGUGAAGUCUUCAGCUAGUGGAACUACCAGCAGUUACAAAUUGAAUAGAUUCAUCCAUGUAGACCGGGAUAAAGGAAAGCAUGUUUUUCUUGAUGGUACUAUAGAACAGAGUGAUAUGAAUUGCAGCACUACUAGAAUGCAAAAUGGAUCACCCAUAAAAGGUGGUUUAUUAUUCAAUAAACAAAAAACUCAAAACAGAGAAGAGUGUUUUUCAUGCUGUCAGAGUGAAAACAAUAAGUCUUUAAGGGGUAAAAAGUUGAAUAUUGGGAGAAAGCCUAGGAAAAAGAAAAUGACUGAGAAAUCAGCAAUGCAGAUUAUGUUCACAGACACAGCUAAUGGCAGUGAGUAUGAGUUACAAGCAGAAGCAGCACUUGCCAGGUCAGGUUCCUUUGAAGUCCUGGGACUAAAUCAUGAAGAAAUUACUCUAAAUAGUCAGGAAGCACAAAAUACAUCAGUCUGGAGAAAGAACAGUACCAAAUCACUUGCAUUUGAAGAUGGCUUUAAGAGAUCUGAGCUCUCAGUAACAGCAGAAGAAAAUUCAAACAGCGUGGCACAUCAUUCUGCUGCCUCAGCUAGCCUGAAAUUGCUAGCUGAUGAGGUCCACGGUGUUUCUAACAGUCACAAAAGCAGGACAGUUAAAAAAUUAAACAAAGUUAAUAAGAAAUUGCAUCAGAUUACCUGUCAAAGAGCAGUACCUAUGACUGGUAAAAAUGUUUGGCCUUUUGAAUCUUGUGCCAGGACUUCUGAAUGGGUUCAUAAAAAUCUUGGGUCUAGCUCAGAAGGAAAAAGACUUGUAAGGGCCACCUUCAAGGAAUCCUCUGAUCAAAGCAGUGUUGAAACUGUGGGAAGCAAUGCUGUGACUGAGAAUUUGAGACAGUUGGAUUUGCCUAUGUCAUUGGAAGAAAUUAACAAAGAAUCUACAUGCAAAGUAAUAGAUUCAGAUACUGAAUGUCUGACUUCACUUGAAACAUCAGGCUUGUCUCCCAUGGAUAUUGAUGAAACUUUGAGAAUGAGCAGUGAAAAUGUGGAAUCCCCCAUUGAUGCAGAUAGAAGUGCUGUGGCUUUUAGCCGUGAUGAUGUGCAAGAAGUUAAAGCAACCUUGAAUUUUACAAGAACGCAAAAAAAUAAAAAAAAAGGAACUGUAACAAAAAGAAACCUGUCUGUGGCAGUCCGGAAAGGUACAUCUACACGUGACACACACAGAAAGAACUUUAGCAGGAAGACAUCAGUAGUGAAAGAGACGUUUUCUGAUUUAAAGCUAAUGAAAGUAUUAAACACUGAAAACCUGAAAAAAUUCAAAAUUCCUUUAUGCAGAAACAAACCUGCAUCCAGGAAAUUGGAAUCUGUCUGUUCAUUGGAAACAAAAACCUUUAGUCCACUAGAGCUUUUUGACAGCAGUAGUGUUUCAAGAAAGCAGAAGAUGGGUGAAGAGACUUUCUUGGUAAAAUCUGAGCAGCAGCCUCUUACUAUUGCAAGUGAUGCUACGUCUACAGCUUCGACAAAGGAAAAAGCAGAUGAGAUCAGCAGUAAGGACUUCCACCAUGACGUCCCUAAAAACCUUUCAACCUUGUCUACUCUCUCUGAACAUUCUUCUUUAUAUCCACAUCCUUUUCCUGACAGACAGCCAGAAUCACCUAUGCCUGAUUUCCAUGGUACUGAAUGUGUACUAAAAUCUAGUUUUCCUGAUCAUUCGUGGAAUGCAGUUAACCACCCUGUUGCAUUAGAAAUAAAUGAUGGUAGCAAAACAAGUGGAACUCUUUCAGAACACCAAAGUCGAAAUAUUCCAGAUAUUCUUCACGCUUAUGAGGAAGAUAUUCUUGUUAUUGAUGUGAUUCAUGAUGACCCUGACCUUUUUGGAUACAAUAAUGAAGAGAAGGUUGAACUUGUAGACUGUGAAAAUUAUUCUGAGAAGGAGUCCUACGAUAGCAUCUCCAUUAAAGAUGAAAAACAGGAUCUUAAGCCCGUGUGUCCUGUUACCUCAGAAAAUAAAGAUUCAGUAGAUGAUAAUUUUAGACACAUUACCAUGCAGGAAUCUGGAAUGUCAGAUGAUACUGAAAUUUCCUGUGAUGGGGUGCUAAAAGCUAAAGACACUAAACCCCACAACUCAUCCAGAGGAAGCAGUCCUUUUGGGAGUGUUACAGGUGUUACUGAAAGCUUUCUUGAAGAUGGGCAAUCAAGAGAAUUAGAUGAACUUCUGAAGAGUUUUGAUGUGGAUGAAAAGUUCAGGUUUGCAGAUGGAGUGCCUGAUGUUAAAGAAGAAAAAAAGGGUGAAGCUGAAAAAAGCAAUGACUGUAAAUACAAAGGCCUUGUGAACUGUGGAUUGCUAUCAGGAUUGCCACUGCCUGCCCCGAAAAUAAAUGUCCUCAGUGAAACUACAGAAAUGAAAGCCCAAACAAAUGGUAGAUUUUCAGGAGAAAGUCUUUUACUGCCAUUGCAAAAUUCUGGAGAUUUUGAGACAUGGAAGGUGGAAAAAAAUGCAAUUGCUUCUCAUUCAGUCCAGCAGAUCCUCGAGAUGAUUGAAUUGCCCCGUAAAUAUUGCAGAUUUUAUUUCAUGACUUUGCGGGGCUGUGAAAGAGCAAAAUGUUGGUUUUGGCAUGUUCCUGAACAAGGAGAUGAAAAGGUUUGCAUGGCAAUACUUAGAACAUACAUUACUAUCAAAGAAUCAGGCCUUCUGAAACGUGCAGUCCAGAUAUUUGUGAAAUAUUACAGAGAAGUUACUCCUGGUGUGUUUUUUGCUUCUCAAGUGCUGAAUGAUCUUCUGGUUUCUCUACUCAAGAAAUCUUUGUUGCAUGAAGUAUUUCAGAUAUUGAAUGUAACUGUAAAAAUCAGUACACUGCCGGCUGUAGAUGUUCUUCUGAAAGUUUUUGAGCAUGUGGCUUCUUUGAAUAUAAGAGACGCUGUGCCUACGUUAAUCAGUACCUUUUGUAAGCUCAUCGGUGCUGGUAUGUUCCUUGAGUCUGCACAUUUUGACUGUAUUAUUAAGUUCCUUCACCAAUUGAAAGUUUCCAGUCAGGAGCUAAAUACGGUUUUGAACAUAAAAUCCAGAUUUCAGGAAAAACAUUUUGAAAAGAACUGGGUUUUUGACUUCAACUUGGCAGUGGCUGAAAUUCAGCACUGCAAGGAAAAAAAAGAUUGGGUCAAGCUGGGAGCUUUGUUUGUUAAUGCAAGAACUGGCUGUGAACAUUCUGAUGAUCUUCAGAAAUUGUCUUUAUGUAUUGCUGAAAUACUAACCAAAGACUCUGAGACAGACCAACUAGAAGUUCCUUUUUGUGACUUUGCUGAUGCAGUAGCAAAAAAUUCACAACAUAAUGAAGCAGACAGAAUUUUCACUGGAAGGAUUGGGAUAAGUGUAAUAUAUUCUUAUCACAAAGUACUUCAGUGGAUAAAGGGAAGGAAGGUUUUGGAUAAGUUGCGUGAGCUACAGAUACAUUUUACAGUCUUGAAAGGACUCAUAGGUGCAGAGAAGUUAGCAUCAAGAUGCCAAAUUGUUAAUAAAGCUGCAGAAAUUUAUCUUAAAACAGGAAGUUUGGAUGGAGCAACAUGGGUAUUGAGAGAGUCAGAGUGGAUCACAAGUACACUGUUGUGGCCCUGUGAUAAAAUGGACAUCCUCAGUCGACAUAAUCUGUUAUGUACACUAGUGCACAAAUACUUGAAGAAGAGUUUAUACAGGCAGGCAUUGGAAGUUCUGCAGAACUUGCCAGGUUUUCAGAAUAAUUCUGAUACUGUAGAUGUUUCUCAGUACAGCUGCCUUUUUAACAAACUUAUAAGUGCCUGUUUUGAGAGCAAGAACCUUGGGGUCUCAUCUUCUGCAGUAGACUUCAUGCUUUCAAAAAACAUAGCUAUUGAUUUUUUUUUACUUAGACAAUUAAUUACAGCUUUGGGAAGAAGUUCUUUGUGGUCUAAAGCUAGGACCUAUUACAAAAGUGCUUUAUCAUUGGGUUGCUACCCAGCAGCACUGCAGGGACAAUUGUAUCACAAACUUCUGAUGAUUCCGUCUUACCUAUCAGAGGUGGAGAUGCUGUUGGCCAUUGAAAUAUUUCUUGUUUCAAAUGCCAGUGAUAUUCAAAGUCCAAUGGCUACUAGUCAGACUCUUCAAAUAAUACUGAAAAGAUGUGCACAUCAGACAGUUCAGAAUAGCAGUGACUACCAGGCAGCAGCGGAGAGACUGAUACAGGCUGCUCGUUUAUCUGAUCCAAAGCUUUUUCUUAAGCAUAUGACAAUGAAUGUUAAUAUGGAAGAAGUUUACAGCUUGGAGCUUACAUCUGCUCUAAAGUGGCUUCAGGAGAAUAUGAAAUGGGCUGGGAAGGUCUGGCUGUUUCAGUAG